AUGGCUUCUCAAGAUUCUCAUCGGGACGCCCAAGAUGCGUACAUUGAAGCCGACGAAGCGGAGGAGAUCUUCAACCGGGACGAGGACCAACCCAUGGACUCUGGAGAUGAAGAUGAAGACCAACCAAUGACCUUCGACGAGGAACUCACUUUUCAAAACGACUCCGCGGCACACUUUGACAUGCACAACGACUCAAUCUUCUGCAUUGCGCAACACCCAGUUCACAACAACAUUGUCUUGACCGGUGCGGGUGACGACACUGCUUUCAUUUACGACUCAACGCCUCCCGAGAAGCCCCCGCGCGAGCGCAAAUCACAAGAGUCCCUGGCCAAGCUCGACGGACACACUGAUACUGUCAAUGCAGUCGCCUUUACAGAGCCAGCGGGAGAAUAUGCUGUGACGGCGGGUCUCGACGGUAAGCUUCGUGUGUGGCGGGACACUUCUCCCAGAAACCGUGGCGAAGCUUGGCAAUUUGUGGCCGAGGCUCAAGAGGUGGAAGAAAUCAACUGGGUCGCGGUCUGCCCUUAUCAGCAGGGCAGCGAGGAGAAGCGCAACGUGGUUGCCAUCGGUGCCAAUGAUGGCAGUGCUUGGGUUUUCCGUCUUGACGCCUCUGAUUCCCAGCCCAUCUCGAUGGUCCAGACUUUCUUCCAGCACACCGCGUCCUGCACUGCUGGUGCCUGGACUCCGGACGGAAACCUGCUGGCCACUGUCUCCGAGGACGGAAGCUUCUACGUCCACGACGUCUUUGGAGCCGCAGCCGCCGCUGGCAUCUCCGGGUCUCCAGGUACUAAUGUUCUUGUAGGCUUGACCGCAGAGGAUCAGCGAUUCGCUGUGGAAGGUGGUCUCUACUCCAUUGCCAUCUCACCCGGUGGUGGUAUUGCUGCGGUGGGUGGUGCAGAGGGUCGUAUCAAGGUGGUUGGUCUCCCGCGCAUUUCCACUGGACCUCAAGCUGCCAAGGGCAAGGGUGCUCAAGGAGCGACUGCCUCUGCUGCUGGCACCAUUUUGGCCGAUUUGCAGGCACAGUCAGACGGAAUUGAGACUCUGUCAUUCUCGCAGCCUCCUCUUACCUUGUUGGCUGCUGGUUCCGUCGAUGGCUCCAUUGCGCUGUAUGAUGCAGCUCAUCGUUUCGCCGUCCGCCGACACAUUCGUGAGGCUCAUGAGGGCGCCGCGGUGGUGAAGGUCGAAUUCCUCGCCAGCCGCCCGCCAGCUGGACCUCCUCGCCCUGGCCUUCCUGCUGCCGCCGCCGCUGCCGGUCAAGGACGCCCAUAUCUCCUCACUUCUGUUGGUCUGGAUGGAGUCGUCCGCCGAUGGGACGCCCGUGGUGGAACCACCGCCGCUGCUCAGGGUCUGCUGAAGGAAUGGAAGGGCCACAUGGGGGCCUCGGAGAACGAAGACGGGGAGCAGGCAGGUGGUAUCAUGGGUUUCGUCCAAGGACUUGACGGCAAGCGAAUUGUCACCGCCGGUGAUGAUGGUAUUUCCCUGGUGUUUGAGGAGUAA